CUUCACACGAUGUCGCUGCACUGCUGAUAUUCACUUUAAGGAGGGAUGCAAGAACAGCCAUGCUUUGCUUUCAUAAUGCUAUUGGACGGAGGCAGAGAGAGGUGCACUGAAGCUCAGCUGAAUCUGAUGAGCGGGCGGGAUCCACAGCACGGCGCUAUGGCGAUGCUCUGCUGGAUGUUUUCAAGAAUCCAAAUACCCGCUAACCUCGAUUCGUUUUGGAACACACUGUUUUAUUUUUAGUGAAAGACAGUGAAAGCAUUGCCAUGCGCUCUGCAAUGGAUCCGUGGAGGAGAAGGCAGCUCGGUUUUGUCGUCCUCUCCGCGAUAUGGAGUCUCGCCUCGGCUGUAACAAGAUACUCCAUCCCUGAAGAAAUUCCAGUGGGCACCGUGAUAGCUAAUAUCGCCACGGAUUUGGGCCUUGACGCGCACAGCCUGUUGGAACGAAAGGUAAAGCUGGAUUAUAUCCAUAGCAAGAAAUACCUAGAAAUAAACAAAGACACUGGGGAACUGUACAUCGCUGAGAAAAUUGACCGGGAGUAUUUAUGCCCGGCCAAAACAUCAUCGUUUUGCUUCCUCAAGAUGGACGUGAUAAUUGAGAGUCCGAUUCGCAUAUUUAAUAUCGAAUUAGAGAUUAUGGACAUCAAUGACAACGCGCCUCAAUUCAGAAGGGAGAGAAUACCGCUCGAUAUUUCAGAAUCAGCAACACCCGGAGAGAGAUUUUCUUUAACAAACGCGGUGGAUGCAGAUGUUGGAGAGAACUCAAUCGAGACCUAUUAUCUGAGUGACAGCGACACGUUUACGAUUGAAAUCCAGUCUGGAAGUGACGGGACUAAGUACGUGGACCUAGUGCUAAAAGCGAGUUUAGACCGAGAAAAACAAGCCGUUCAUACACUAACCCUCACCGCCGUGGACGGAGGCUUGCCUGCGCGCUCAGGCACGGCCAGCAUCAUCGUUCAAGUGCUGGAUACCAACGACAACGCCCCUCAAUUUGAUCGACAAGUGUACUCGGUUGACCUCAUUGAAAAUGCACCAAUCGGGACACUGAUUAUGCAGCUGAACGCAACCGAUUUGGAUGAGGGUGUCAAUGCGGAGGUCACAUACUCCUUCACUUUAUACACAUCUGAGAAAACACAAGAAAAGUUCUCUUUGGAUCCCAACAGCGGAGAAAUAAGAGUAAAAGACAUGAUUGAUUUUGAAGAAGUGAAGAGCUUUGAGAUGUACGUUGAAGCCAAGGACAAGGCUGUGAAUCCGCUUUCUGGUCAGUGUAAAAUUUUAGUAUUCAUCACCGAUCUAAACGACAACCAUCCUGAGAUUACGAUAAAAUCUUUUCAGAGUUCGAUUAAAGAAAAUGACCCUAUCGGAACAGUGAUUGCCGUCAUCAGCGUGAGCGAUAGGGACUCUGGAGAUAACGGUAAGGUUGUCCUCUCCAUCCACAAUGCUGAGAUGUUACCGUUUGCUCUCAGAAAGUCAUCUGAAGACUUUUUUGAGUUAACAGUCACCGAAUCGCUUGACCGCGAGGUCAAAAGCAGUUAUGAUAUCACACUCUAUGUAACUGACAGAGGAACCCCUCCUUUGACUGAUAACGAAACAAUCAGUCUUACAAUUCUAGACGUCAACGAUAAUGCCCCAACGUUCCCUCAAUCCCUCUAUACCAUUCAUCUAAUGGAAAACAACGAGCCUGGGGCAUUGCUCGCCUCCUUAACCGCCCGUGACCCAGACUUGCAUGAAAAUCAGUAUCUUGUUUACUUCAUCGUAGAAAAAGAAAUCGCCAACACGUCAAUGUCCAUGCUGUUUUCCAUCAAUCCCGAGAACGGCAACCUCUAUGCGUUACGCACGUUUGACUAUGAAAGAGAGAAGGAGUUUCUCUUUCACAUCGAAGCUAGAGAUUCAGGACUCCCUCCUCUCAGCAGUAACGUGACUGUACACAUUAUCAUCCUAGACCAAAAUGACAACACACCGCUCAUAGUUUCUCCAUGGCGUCCACAAGGUGCUGUUAUAGAGGAAAUAAUCCCGAGGUCGAGCGAUAAAGGAUCUUUAGUCACCAAGGUCAUUGCGUUGGAUGCCGACUCCAUGCAGAACUCUCGUAUAACUUAUCAGUUCCUCCAGAUCACCGACACCACGCUAUUCAGCCUCGACCAGUACAACGGCGAGAUACGAACCACACGCAUGUUCAGUUACAGAGACCCCAGACAGCAGCGCCUGGUCAUCAUAGCCAGAGACAACGGAGAUCCUCCUCGCUCCGCCACGGUGACCAUCAAGAUCUCCACGGUGGAGCAAGUGGUCACGAGGUUUACCGAAACCACAGAGGUGCCUAUCGAAUACGACCUGUUCACUGAUCUCAACCUGUAUUUGCUGAUCGGUUUGGGCUCGGUGUUGUUUCUUCUGCUCAUAACUGUCCUGGUGAUCAUCGUGCUGAAAUGUCAAGAACCGAAACCGUCACAAGCAGCUCAUCAGGGUAGGAACAGCAUCGUCAGCCAGAGGAACUCCUCCACCAUCGCUGACUCUACUCUCAUCUCAAGUGAUGCCUAUUGGUACAGUCUGUUUUUGGCAGAGACUAGAAAAGGGAAGGUGGUAGUGCGGCAGCCCCUUCCUAACGGAGCAGGGUUUAUUGUGUCAAGCAUCCCAGGAAGUGCUGCACUGACUGAGACCAGUGCUUCAAGGUCUUCUACUUUACAGGAGUCAAGCAGUGAUUUACCGUGAUCUGGACAUGCUGACUGAUGGAUUACAACCUUCCACACCAGGCUCACUGUCCAUGAGAGACAGAUUGAUCUUCUGUUUUACUGUUCAUCAGGGUUUCAAUCGAUUCAAGACUGUGAAGGAUCAAGGUUUUCAAACACCUCUGUGUGUACCUUCAAGAGAGCAUUUUUUAAUAUCCUUUCAUAUUUUGUAUUUAUGUAGUUCGUCACCUCAUUUAUAUUUAUUUAUUUAUAUUACUUCUUAUUUUCCGUGCUCUUGCAAAGCUUGUGUCAGACUAGACAUAAAGACACAACUCAGAUUAUUCAGUUACUUCUGUUAUUUUGACCAUCACUUCUUCUCCUACUUCCUGAUCUUCAUGUUGCCUUUUUGGCUAAUAGAAGAAUUCACUUUAAUCUGACUUUCAAGACCUACAUUGUGUCAGAGAGAGAGACAUUCAGUGCGGCUUUGUGGCGAAUAAGGCUGGGUCUAACAACUGUAUAUCAGCCACUUGUAACCACAUAAAGCAUGACUUUGCAUGGCUAAGACAAACAAGAUGGACUUUUUUUUUUAUCUAAAAGACUUCCUAACAGACUCUACCACAGAGGAAAGAGAGAAGUGACACUAGACGCCUACAAAAACUGGACCUGUCUGGUUCUAGUCAGAUAUGAACUGCAAAACAGCUGGUAAAGAGGUAAAAAGAGGGUCAAGACUGUUAAAGCGUUCUGGUAUUAAUGAUGCUCUAUUUUUACACGUUAAAACACGCUGAUGAGAAAGCUGUGAUCAGAUGAGCACAAUCUAACGAACCAGGCAUCGUCUAUACCUCAAAACACUUGGUUUGCCAGCUAUGUGGUGCACAUGUAUACAGAAACUAAUGUUUAUUUUUAUCCUGUCUACCAAAUACCAUAAACGGCCUAAAACUGAUUUUCUCUGGCAAGAGCAUUUAAGAAAAAAAUGAAAGUAAUUACAUCGGUAACACUUUACAAUGUACACUUUUACACUUUACAAAGUUUUCAUUUGUUAACAUUAGUUAACUACGUUAUUUAACAUGAACUAACAAUAAAAUGCUUUUAAUUUAAUAAUUAUUUCUUAAUAUUACUAUAAAAUACUAAUAUUACAGACAUGCGCUAACAUGAGCUAUCAAUAAACACUGUAAAAAGUUUUUAGCAACUGCUUUAAAAUUUUAAGUUAAAUCAUCUUAAAAGUACAAGUUAUUUCACUUUGUUGUAGUGAGUUGAAAUGACUUGUAGUCUGAGUUGAUUUAACUUAAAAUUUUAAGGCAGCUGCUGAGCUUAAGUUUUUAGGUUUGAAACUGGUGAAAACUCUUUACAGUGCAGUUGUAUUUGUAUUAACUAAUGUUAAUAAAGAUGAAUAAAUAGAGCAGCAAAGUCUUGUUUAUUGUUAGUUCAUGUUAGCUACGGUAUUAAUUAAUCUGAACUAAUUCAACCUUAUUGAAAAGUGUUAGCAACAUUUUACUGAAAACCAUAGACAUAAAAAAUGUUAAUUUAGUGCAAAUUGAACUUCACACUUGGUGCGAAAACAAAAAAGGUUUAUCAAAAAACAUUUAUUACUCGACCUUUUUGCAGAUAUAUGUAGCCAGUGCUAGAAUAUCGCCUUGCCACAAACAUCAAUAAUCGACAACAAUAAUAUAAACUAGAUCUUUUUUUGUACAAGAAUCAACAAUUGUAUUAUCAAAUUGCUAUUCAGUGUCAUUUUUGGCCUUGUUUACAUACAUUUUUGAGGUUUAUAUUGUUUUGUAUUAUGAAAACGAGAUUCAAAUGCUUGUUAAUGUAUUUAAUGCUGCUUCUUAUAUAAUGACAGUGCAAUGUGUUGAGCAUUUAUUAUUUGUGGUGAAAUAUUUGGCAAUUUCAUUAUAUGAUUUUAUAGAUCUAAUGAUAUCAUGGCAGAAAUCAAAACUGUAUUCCUUUCCUUGUAUUUAAACAAUGUGUCAGCUACUGAAGAGUGAGUGGGAAGGUGAAAAGGCGUAAGAACAGUGCAAGAAAAUGUGGUGUAGAGAGAAAAAACAGCAAUAUAGGUCACUUGAAACAUGUGAUUUGUAUUCAGAUUGACACAUCCUGUUACCAGGACAGAGAACAACACCACAAGUUGCCAUUAGUAUUGACAGCCAUGUAAUUCAUUUGAACUUACUUUCCUGAAAAGUGACAAGUCAAAUUGGAGUUCCUGCAGCAGAUUUGAGAAUUUACAGAUAGACACAGGUCAAAAAUGCUGGUGCCUUUAGCUGUUUGCUUUAGGGCAGAGAACAGUGUGCCUGAAAUCUUACAUGAUAAAAGACAGGAUCAAGUUCAGUAUUGACAUAUAUGUCACAAUCUCAUUGACAUGCCUUGGGUUACUCAUUUCAGUAUUUGUAUUUCUGUUGCCUUACUUGCGAAAUGUCCUUAUGCAAACAGUAAACAAUGCCUUUGUAUCCUUGCUGGACUUUAUGAUUUGCCCUUUGCUUGUAAAUACUGCAAUGUGAAUAAA